GAAGGUUGGCAGCAAGAUGUGUCAGUGAUCUCCGUCUGCGAGUUAAGCGGAGGUCUAUUUGAGGCGAAUUGAGGUGUGCGAAUUGUGGUCGAUUGAUUUUCCAGUGUUUUAUAGGGCGGUUGGCCCAUAAACGAGGUUUCAAAGCGUAAUUUAUUCUCUUGCUAGCAAGCAGUCACGUCUGAGUUCGUGUGAUUAUUUUUUUCACCCAUUUACAUCAGAAUGGGUGAACAUGGCAAUACUUGUCAAAAAAUGACAGUGCCCGAGGCCCAGGAAGAAUUUCUGAGUAUAUUGCGACGCAUGAACGAUGAAGAAAAUCUGAAGAAACUACUCAGUUGGAUUCAUUGGAAUUGGUUGAACUCCUGCACACCUCCUUCGAAGAAAAGAGAACUUCCCGAUGAUGUGCUGAGUGCUAUUGCGGAUGAUAUACGAAGUGAAUUACCUCCAGAUGCAAUUUUGCCUUCGGAAACAAUUGUCACAUCAACGGUUGGGCCAAAUUCAGAUUGUGAUCCCAAUCACUCAAUUCAUGUGGAUGCAUUUCUUUAUGAUGAUGAAAUGGUAGAUAAACUCUGUGAUGAGGGACAAAUUCCAAGGAGCUAUUGUUUGCAAUGUGGUUCACGUAAAACUAAACCUCUAAUUGUUCUGGAUAUUGGGUCAAGACUUGGUGGCAUUUUAUAUGGGGCUUUCCUGUACACUAGAGCUGCUAAGAUAGUUGGUAUUGAAAUGAAUAGUGAUUUCUGCAAGUUGCAGAGAGAAGUUAUCAAGAAAUAUAACUUCCAGGAUAGAAUAGAAAUCAUUGAGGACAAUGUAAUAAACCGACCAGAUGUUGUUCAAGCAGCUGAUGUAAUUAUUAUGAACAAUGUGUUUGAGUUUUUUAUGGACUUGGAUCAUCAAGUUAUGAUGUGGAGUUUCCUUCAGCAGACUAUUCGAAAAGGCACUUUACUUGUGACAGUGCCUCCCCUUGAAGAGACUUUUGCGGAUCUACCUGUUAACAUCAACUUGGCGGCAUGGGUCCAAGAAAUGCCACCCUUUAACGACGAUGCACCUAAUAUUACAAACCUUUCCUCGGAAUUGUCAGCUGUUAAGAAGUAUCAAGUUUUGUAAUGGUUAAAUGUACUUGGUUCCUGCAAUAAAAUUUAAGUCAAUUGAUAGUCUUUUAUCUCUUUUUGACUUUAAUUUUUGUUGGUUUCCAGAAGCUCAUAAGGAUCUCCAAAUAUUGUAUUGUGAAAGCACUGAUUAAUGAAUUCAUUAUCACACGGGUAUAUGGUACAUACUAGCUUAUUGAUAUACACUAUACUUAAUAGUUGUACGAAAUUGAAUGGACAUCAUAGAAUUUAUACAACUGUUUGGAUACAAUCUCUUAAAUAAUUUUCUUAAUUCUCCAUUUCUUGUAAAAACAAAUGUAAAUGAAUUUGGGUAUUGCAGUUACUCCCAAAUGUGGCAUGUACUAUCUGAUAAGAGAUAGGAUGUUGCAAAAUAAAUAAAAUAUGAAAGAAUAGGAGACAGAAUGAAUAUGAAAGAAAAUUCAGAAGCUGUAAGUUUUAAUUAUUUCUUUUGCAAGUGAAGGAGUCCUUGAGAGAGAUAAUUAUAAGCGAUUCAAAUGAAGUUUUGAUGUGCAGCUCAUUUAAUGUUUGAUUUAUGAUUUUCAUUUUUUUUUUUUUUUUCCAUCUCUUAUAAAAUGUAGAUUCACACCCUAUGGACAAUGAACUAAGAAUCAGCUUCGCCUCGUCAAUCAAACGCAUAGAGUAACAAAAUCAUGGUAACUUAUUUUGUUUAUGAUCACAUUGCAGGGUAAGGCAGCCACACCAACCAUGCAUCCUAACUGACUAGGAUUAAUCUGCAAUUAUAAGGUGGCCCUGUAUUAUUUGAAUGAGAUAAUUAGGGAAAACCUCGUCUCAUGUUCAAGUAAUAUAGGUAACGUUUAUAAAGAGCGGAAGGCUUGUGCAUGGUUGUUGUGGCUUAUCUUCUUACUGUCCUAACCCCUUCAAUUCAGUGCUGUCCCCUUUUUCACAUGCCUAAUUUUCUUUACAUAGAAAUAGAAUUUGAGAAUUUUUUCCUUUACUAAAAUUAUGAAACAGAGCUAUUUGAUAAGCAACUGAGUCUUGUAAUAAGAUGUUACAAUAUGAACUGCACAAUGUUUCAUCCACUUUGUAAAAAUCUAUUGUACUAUUAUUUUCAUUUAAAUUUCACUAUUCAUCCUCUAAAAGAUGACAAGACUGAUAUUGAUAGUAGUUAUUAGGAGGCCAUGGAUUUUUAUUAAACCCAUCUCAGAUUCAUAAUGUUUGACUUUCGAUAAUCAAGGUGGAUAAAAUUGUUUUAUUAACUUAUAAGAUUAGUUCCUAUCAUGGCCUCUUUCUCACUCUUGAAGAAAAUCUUAUUCUAUUCUCUUGUACUAUAUUUACUAAGUUGUUCUUUGUAAUUCUUUUCUGACAAUAAAAUAUUCACG